AAACCUCGGGUGGCGUCGCGAGACCUGCUCUGUCGGCACUUCCGGUCCAAGUCAGGCUCCGCGGUCUCAGCCUGGUGAUGCGGUCCAGGCUUCUGUGGGGCGCUGCCCGAUGUCUCUGGGCCCGUCCGGCUAUUGGCCCGGCUCGUCGGCCCAUUAGUUGCGGUAGCCCGCCGCUGGAGGAGCUGUUCGCCCACGGCGGGCUCUUGCGGACCUUCCUUGAGCGCCAGGCAGGAUCUGAAGCCCAGUUGCAUGAGAGGGGGCCUGAGUUGGUGGCGGUGGCCAGACUGCUGAGCGAGAAGGAGCAGGAGCUGCAGGAGACCCAGCGCUUGCUGCACGAUAACAAUGAAGAUUUAAGGAAACUUGCAGAGAAUGAAAUAACUUUGUGUCAAAAAGAAAUAACUCAGUUGAAGCAUCAGAUUAUCUUACUUUUGAUUCCCUCAGAAGAAACAGAUGAAAGUGAUUUGAUCGUGGAGGUAACUGCAGGAGUUGGGGGUCAGGAGGCAAUGUUGUUUACUUCAGAGAUAUUUGAUAUGUAUCAGCAAUAUGCUGCAUUUAAAAGAUGGCAUUUUGAAACCCUGGAGUAUUUUCCAAGCGAAAUAGGUGGUCUUAGACAUGCAUCUGCCAGCAUUGGGGGUUCAGCAGCCUAUAAGCACAUGAAAUUUGAAGGAGGUGUGCACAGAGUACAAAGAGUGCCAAAGACAGAGAAGCACGGACGCAUCCAUACUAGCACUAUGACUGUAGCAGUAUUACCCCAGCCUGCUGAGAUUAAUCUGGUGAUUAAUCCUAAAGAUUUGAGAAUUGAUACUAAGCGAGCCAGUGGAGCUGGGGGACAGCAUGUAAAUACCACGGACAGUGCUGUCCGGAUAGUUCAUCUUCCAACAGGUGUUGUUUCUGAAUGCCAACAAGAGAGAUCUCAACUGAAAAAUAGAGAGAUGGCUAUGAAAAAGCUACGUGCAAAGUUGUACAGCAUGCAUCUAGAACAAGAAACAAGUAAAAGAUACAGUGCUAGAAAGAUGCAGAUUGGAACUAAAGGAAGGUCUGAAAAAAUAAGAACAUACAAUUUUCCACAGAACCGGGUCACAGAUCACAGAAUAAACAAGUCACUGCAUGAUCCUGAAACUUUUAUGCAAGGACAUUAUCUACUGGAUGAACUUGUACAGUCAUUGAAGGACUAUGCUGAUUAUGAAUCUUUAUUAGAAAUUAUUUCCAAAAAAGUUUAAGUUGAUUUGUUAUUAAAGCCUUUUAUUGCUCAUAAAAAUUCUAUAGUAAAUCACAUUGUACGUAAGUAUUUACCAGUAUUCUCUUGAAAAACAUGAGUUAGCACAGUUGGAAGUAAUACACAUACUUUAAAGAUACAGGUAAUUUAUAUAAAUCUCUCUGAAUGUACUAGUAAAAAACAUACAAUAUAAUCAUGACUGGUUGUAAAUCCAGGACUCUUUAUUAUAAGAAGACAAAAGAAAAAUAGUCCUUUGUUAUAUAUAAAAUAGCAGGUGAUCAAAAAUUUGGUUUAACUCUCUAAGAAACUUCAAAUGUAAAUAGAAAUAUGACAGUAACUGCUGUAUUAGUAUGGUCCAGUCAGGAGACAGAAACCAUUCCAUUAAUUUGAACAGAGAUAAUUUUAAUAUAAAGAAUUUUUAACUUAUAAUGGAAUUGGCUGUUAAGAAGGGAUAAUAGAGAACUCAAAUACAGUAAAACUGAAGAAGAGAGUACCCAAGGAGAGAACACUCUUGGAAGGGGCUUCCCUUCCCCUCAGUGGAAUCCGGUCUAUUGGGUAAGGUUAGGUCAUGGCCCAUUCAGUGAUGGAAAAGUUCCCUGGGUUGCCCUGGGCCAGAGCUAGUGUGCAGUUGAUGGAUAAGGACUUGCAAACAGAGAACCUCAAACCUUCAGGGACUGGUAAGCAAGAAGCUUUCUGCCAGGGUGAAGCAAAAUUUGUUGGAUAGUAAGCCUCAGUAGGUAACUACUAGGCAUCUCCAGAGAAGCAGAACCAAUAGGGUGCAUGUGUGUGUGUGUGUGUUUAUACACAAUUUAUUAUAAGGAUUGGCUCACAUGAUUACUGAUGAGUCUAAAAUCUGCAGUGUAGGCCAGCAAGCUAGAGACCCAGGAGAGAUGAUGGUGCAGUUCCAGUUCUAAGGCAGCCUGCCAGAGAAUUCUCUCAUGCUUGGAAGAGGCCAGUCUUUUUGUUCUAUUCAGGCCUUCAAAUGAUUGGGUGAAGCCCACCUAAUUUAUGGAGGGCAAUGUGCUUUACUCAAAAGUUCACUGAUUUAAAUGUAAAUCUCAUCCAAACACACAGAAAUACCCAAAGUAAUGUUUGUCCAAAUAUCUUGGCACCCUGUGGCCCAGCCAAGUUCACACAAAAUUUCCUGCAGUGUCCUUCCACCACCCCCUAAUGAAAGCUUAAUACGGUGCUAGCUGGCAAAAGAUAAAUGUUUAAAGGUUGCUUUGGUUUUGAGCGUGUCAAAACACACACAGAUCCAGCUCCAGUAUAACAAGGUUUGGGCAAUGAAAGGUAAAUCUGUUGCUGAGUGGCAAUAAAUUUAUCUGGCACAAACACCCAUACUCAUUACCUACUUUCAAUAGUAUGUUUUCAUAUUUGCUUAGUAUUUGAAGUAAAUUACAAAUAUCAGGCCACUUCACCCUUAAAUAUUUCAGCUUGCAUUUUCAAAUGACAUUAUUCUAUUUAAGCACACACCAACAUCACACCUAACAAAAUUCAGUAAUUCCCUAAUAUCUUCAAGUACCCAAUAAUUCAGUUCCCCAGUUCUCCCCAAAAUGUGUUAUAUCUGGCUUCUUCAAUCCAGGAUCCAAUUAAGGAUUAUAUAUGGAACUUGGUUGGUGGUUAUAUUUCUUUAAGUUUCCCUUAAUCCAGAAUAGCUCUGCCACCCCCUCUCCAUUUUUUUCAUGACAUUAAAUUUUCAUUUGAGAAGAUCAGGCUACAUAUGGUGUCGUUUAACUUGUUCCUCAAGUCAUUAUUUCUUACAAAUUGGAAGUUAGGGCUUAAGACUUGGUUAGUUUUGAGUACUCCCUCCCUUUCCUGUGAUCUAGCAUUGUUGUCACUAAAAUAUAUAUUUAUAUAGGCCAGAUAUGGAUGCUGAUAUGAGCAUUACUGCUGAGAUGUAUUACUCUUAAAAAAAAAAAGGUGAGACAAAUGAAUUCACCCUGUGAAUUGAGAAUUUAUAGCUGAAAAUGAGUUUGACACUAAAGCAGUAUAAUCUUUAUCAAUAUUCUUCCAUCACAAGAUUUAAAAGCUAUUAAGUUGUUCCUUUUUCCAUGGGAAUCCUGGUUAUGCAUAGCUCUUUUCUGAGAAGACCGACACCAGAGAAUUGAGGCCUAAGAGGUAAGGAAAGCCCAGGAAUGUUUGCUUGGGAUUGCACAGCUUUAAAAGACCUUGUGGUGCUGAAAGCAACAGAGAAUAAAGAAGUAUACUUGAUAAAGAAAUUUGGAACAUUUAAUUUACUGGAUAAAGAAGUAUUAAAAGA